UGGCUGUUGCGGUGGUCGCACGGCGCGUUAUGAAACACGCGUACAUUUUCGAUUUUUUUUAAACAUUUAAACAUAAACGCAAUCGUCACAAACGCAGUCAAUCAAAAUAUGUAAGGUGAAGUAAUGAUAAAGUGACAGAUGAAUCAACGAUAUGGCACUAGAAUUACGGGGGUUUCUAAGCGGGGGGAUUGUUAUCAUAAAAGGGGGCUAAGCUAUCACAACAGGGGAAUUUUUGAAAAUGGUAGGCUCCUUUGGAUGUUGGUUACUAAGGGGGGGUCGGCGUAUAAUGGACGGGGGUUAGUGACAAUGUGUAUGUGGUUGUGUGUUCUGGUGGGGAUUACAAGUGUUGGCGCAAGUGAGUUUCCUGAAAGAGAAUGCUGCGAUCCAGUAUACCCUCCAGUCACGGUGACUACGUCAUCGCCUCCUGUCACCCAUCCUGUCGGAAAGAUUUCAGGGCCGGGUAUAAAAGGUACCAUGGCGAUACUCAACUGUUUACUGGCGCGACAACUCUGCUUCGAAGAUGCGUCCUGCUCCGCCAUUUUGGAAAUCAUACCGCGAGUCUGUGGAUCCGAACUUGUUGCCUGCUCUACUGUUACCGUGACGAAAUGCCAAGCUGCGCUGAGGACUCUGCAAGCCUUUCCGUUCUUCAAGCCGACCUGCCUCUGUCGAGAACCAAACGUUGACCCUGAAUGUAACUCUUUCCGCGACUUUCUGUUUGACCAUCCCUGCGUUUUUGUGAUGAAGAAGGAGAAAGACCCGUAUCCAGUAGAAACUUUACCAACCUGCACGUAUGCGCUGAGUGUCUGCCACAAUGAAAAAGCCUGCUCUGUUCUCUUUGACCGGUUCAAGAACGCUUGCAAGGCCAGGGAUGGUGAAUGCCGUAUGGAGGAUAGGGAAUCAUGCCGCGAAGCCUGGGCAGGUUUACGUCUAUCCCCUCUCUUCGGCUGCAUCUGCCCCAACACCCACAUGAAGAAACGUUGUGAUCGCAUCUUUGCUGUUGUAAACCACAACCCGUGUGUUGUAAAGCUGAUGUCGGACGGACGAAACGCAAAUCGGAACGCAACAGGCGUGACGUCAUGGAUUGGCGGUAUGUCGAUUACCCAAGAUGGCAACCUAAUCGCCCCGGACAAAAUUAUGAGUCACGUACACCGAUACGCGAGCCCGCACUACAAACCGCAUGGGCAUUACCAUCGGUGGACCCAUGAGCCAGGGGGGAGCGAAGACCCACUUUACGCAACCAAGACUGUCUACGGACCAGGAUAUAUUGAUGAAAACCAGCGAAUUGGGAAGGAAAACGGUAAAGCAGGUGAUGAUAAGGCGGCCCUCCAAUCAACAUGUCACACAGCCCUGGACACUUGUAUUAAGGACACCGAGUGUGUGGCAGCCCUAACGCCGGUACUGCAGAAGUGCCAUUCAACCGAUUGUGAUCGGGAAGGGUGCAUGGGAGCUUUAAGGCACUUCUACCGCAAGCCUGGAGUGCAUUGGAAUACCGAAAUUGCAUUUUGUUUGUGCAAGAAAACGGACAACAAAGAGGACUCUUGCAUGAACGCCCAAGAGCGGCUUCAUCCAUCGUGUGCCCAGCGGCCCCCAGUCGGAUCUCCGCUACCCGCCUGCCAUACUCUUGCCCAUACCUGUCGCGAGGACCCUGAAUGCAGAAUGCGUCUGGAGAACUACGAACAAUGGUGUGCUGUGGAUGCCGUAACUCAGGGAUGCGCCGGAUCUCCAGCCGCUUGCCGCGCUGCCGUGGUAGCUGUUCUCGGUACUCAGCUAAGAGCCGCCUGCGCAUGUCGUGGGACUGAUUUCGCACAACUGUAUGACUGUCUCGGUUGGCAGAGACUGCUGUGGCUUAAUCCCUGUGUUGUUGAAUCUCAAAGCGACUACCACGUAAAAACCUAUGGCCCUCUGCUAACAACAACUCCCUAUGACAAUGGAAUCCGAUACAUAACGGUUGCACCGGAACCUGCGAUUCACCACCGCACAACAACCCACCACCAUCGUCACACGACCCAGCAUGGGACUUCGGAACAUGUACCGAAGCCUGAAGUACUACAAAAAUCCCGCGAAGAGCCAAGCCCAAUUACAACAAUGUCAGAGCAAACUGUUGGUCCAAACGAAAUAUCUCAGAUCUCCGAACCUGCCGCAACAUCUACGACCUCCACAACAACUAGUACUACUACAACAACAACGACUACAACCACAACAACAACAACCACAACAACUCCAAAACCAACAACGCUGGAGCCGGCGAAAUAUUGCGUUGUUAAGAAACCAGAGAGUGAUGAUAAAGAACAAAUUAUUCGUAUGGGUGAAACUAGACGGCUGUACCGGUCAGCAGAGCUGGCGGAGUGUACUGACCUGUGCAUCUGCGAGGCUUCUCUCCAAGUAUCGUGUAAGGUGGCUUGCGUCCCCCGUGCUCCAUGUUCCUCCCGCCUGGCACAUUACUCGCACGCCGCGCCAGCCUAUCAGGCCUACCGAGGGCGAUGUUACUGCUACUCAGGAUCUUUUAUCUGUAUGCGGCCUAAUCCAGGCGAAUACCGGCUUCCAGAAGGCGUAUACCUUUUACUAGGCUUCAGUUCAGUAGAUGAGUCAUUGCUGCGACCGCACACGGGUCUUGGGGCUGAAGAUGCUGUGAGGCUGCUGCAACAGUAUAUGCAUCACGUCACUAGGGAUCAGACUAACUGCACUUUGACUCUAUUCAACAUAAGUAACGAAAACGUAAUCAUAUCCGCCAGUGUUCCUCAGAAGGAGCAAGAAACUCUUAAAGAGGCUGGUGAACCCUUACUUGAUAAAGAAAAGGAGGCCUGCAUCGAUGUCCUAAAGAUAAUCAAGGCUCGCAUCAACACCCAGCACGAAGACAUCUCCUCGCACCUGCUGCUUUCCAUCUUCAAGAUAGCUGAAGUAGACGUUGUGUACCCCGCACCCCCCGCCUCCUCAUCCCCCCACCUCACGCCAAGCAAAGUUUUAUACACACUCUUUAUAUUAAUCACUUUCCUACGCAACUUUAAUUUUUAUAUAUUUUUUAAAAAUACCGUCAAUUGUUUGUCGAAUUUACACAACACUAGAUUUAGGGGACGAAUUUCUCGCGUUCUUUCAAAGAUAUAUAAAGAUUUUUUAUCUAUUUUGAAAUGUUAUAAAGAAUUUAUCGAUGUAGAAAAUGAAUUCUCGCACGAUGCACUCGCUUUAGACAAAGCACAAAUCACAAAUAUAUUUAUAAGUUAUAUAGAUGUAUAUAGCGUUAAGAUAACGAAACAUAUCGUAAAAGCUGUGAAAACAAUAUAUACUUGUAAACUUGUUGCAGAAGCAAUGAAACCUAAAUAUUUUUCUAGAGAUGUGUAUAUUGGUGUUAUUUCGAUGCUUUUCGGUGAGUUCUUUUUUGAAAAUAUCGCGUCCUUUUCUUAUGGGAUUGUGAAAUCCGUUAGUUUAGCUAACUCUAGUAGUAGUAUGAAGACUGAGAUGAACUAAACAUAUCUUUAUAGUUAAGUGUAUUAUGUUUAUUUUCGACUAGAACUGGUGCUUGUAGGUGGAUCUUAAGGCUGGGUUUUGUAAAUAAUAUACUACGCCUUUUACACUAUUAGAAUUCUGUUCCAGCUCUGAUAGUGACUGAUGUUUUUUGAUACAUCUGAAUACUUAUUCACUAUUCCGCUACGUUUAGUUUACUUUACAUUAAUUCACUGCAUCAUAUUCUUGUUGUCUUUCGUAUUAAACGUCUACGGGCGACUCAGUAAUAAUAUUUGAAAAUAGUUAAGUUUAAUUCACAAAUUUCCUUAAUUUAUAUCAGAAGUCGAGACCUACCUAACUAAAACCAUCCUAAUACGAUUGAUUAAUGAUUAUGAUUUAGCUGUUAUUAAUAUGAUUAUAAUUCACUUGUAUCAAAAUCCACCAUCGUAUAAUAAGGGUAGAAUGUUACAUGCGCCUUUCCGUUAGUUAGGAGUUGUCAAUGUAUGCACGAUAGAACGCGUGUGUUUAGCAACUCUCAUACAAAACCUUGCAACUGUCUAAAAUCAAUAGUGACUUGUUAUUAUUGACUCAAUUCACCAAGUGUCUAGCCACCAAUCUACUGACGUCAUCAAACGGCGUAUCCUAACCGACGUGAAACUGCUGUAAAGAUACGGAUACGCUAUUGGAGAUACGGAGUGAGCCUGAACAGUUUCUUAUUAUUCUAACACGGCAUCAAUCAGUUAAUUUAUGAAAUAAAUAUGUUGAUAUCGCAAAUAUAUAUAAUGGUGUUUCUUAAAUAUUAUUUAAAAUAUUGUUAUUAAGGAAAUGAAGAGAAAUAACU